AUGAACUUACAUGACUCAAUAAUGAACUUUGAAAAAUGUGUACGUUUUUUAAAAGAUAAUUUUGUAAACAUUGACAUAAAAAAAAUUGAAAAAGAAACAAAAUUAUAUUUUCAUAAUAAAUUACAGUCAUGUGAGUCUCAAGGGAAAGAAGCGUAUCAAAUAGAUGACAAUGCGUUGAUGGAAUUGAUGAAUAUUAUAUCGAAAAUUAAUGGAAAAGAGGAUGAUGGAUAUAUGGAUCUUCAACAUGACAAAAGAGAAGAAGGUGAAUGCAUGCAUAAUGAGAAUGCUUUGCAUGGUUAUGAGAAGGGAGAAGUAAACUUAAACGAGGAGGAAAUAAACUUCAAAGGAGCAAUAAAUUGUAGAAACGGCAAAAGGGAUCAUCAAAAAAAUGUUUUAAAAAAUAAAAGGAAUCAUAGUAUACGUGCACACAGUGACAAUUGCAAUAGUUAUGGUAAUAUUAAUAGUAGUAAAAGGAGCAGUGAUAGUAAAAGGAGAAGUGAUAGUAAAAGGAGCAGUGAUAGUAAAAGGAGAAGUGAUAGUAAAAGGAGCAGUGGUAGUAACAGUAGCAGUAACAGUAGCAGUAACAGUAGCAGAACUAGGAGCCACAAAAGGUGCGGUAUCGAGGAGGAAAGGAGUACUAGCUAUGAGGGAGGGAUAAAGAAAGGGGAAGACAAAAAAGGAGCAGUAGUAAAUUUAAAUAGCAAGGGGAAUCACUUCAAAAUAGAACAGGAAAAGAAGGAAUGGUUAGAUGACAAAAAGGAGAUAACUUCAUGCAGUGAACAGGAUAUAUUGCUUAAGAAUCUAAAAGACAAAAUAUUGCAAAAUGAAUGCUCUCAAAACAAGUAUGGACAAAUGGACAAAGGGCACCACUUCACUGAGGAAGAAGAAGAGGGUAAGGAUGAAAAUGAGGAGAUGAAAAAUAAUUGCGUGGAAAAAACGAACAGAACAUUUUUGGAAGUACUGUUUCGAAAGCCUUUACUAGAGAACGAACACAUAAAACGAAAUAUAGCUUCCAAAAACUUCUAUACGAUAGGUGAAGACGUGCUUGUCAACUUGACAAUUGUAUUAGAUAGAAUUAUAUUACAAUUAAUAAGUCAUUAUAAAGAAAAAAAGAUAGCAAUACAAGAACAAGAAUUACAUUUUGAAAAUUUUUUUAUAGUAUUAUAUAAAUUGCUUAGCAAUAUAAGUUAUCAUUCGAAAGAAGAGAAAUUCAAAACUAUUAAAUUUAGUAAUAGUCAGAUAAGAAAUACCUUUUUAACAAGUGAUGAUAUAUUUAAUUUAUCCAAAUUAUUAUUUGAGAUACUAAGCUUUAACACAAAUUAUGCUAAUACGGAUGUGCAAUAUCAAAACGAUGCGCAACUUGAUGAUGAACGUAGUGAUUCAACCUGUCAGUAUGAUCAUAUGAUAUGGAAAUUUGAAAAUAAUCUUACGGAUAAGGAGUCUAUAUUGUUCGACUUUGUUUUAUCCUCUGUUAAUAUUAUUAUGAACAUGAUGAAUAAAAAGGUACCACGAAUUAGUACCAGUAGUGUGAAAACCUACCAAGCGGAAGAUAAAAGAGAACAAAUAAAUCAAAAUGAUCAUUCUAAUAAUAAAUUAUUUUUAGAAAAAAUAAAAAAUUUACAAAAUUUAUCGAACAGUAUUGCACCAGCUACGAAUAAUAAACUACUUGUUAUUCAUCAAAAAAAUAUGCAAGAACAACAAGCUUUGAAUGAUAUUAGAAAACUGCAUAACGAAAAAUAUAACACUCAUAAAAAUUAUUGUAAUGACAAGAAUGACAAACACAGGUACUCAGGUAAGAUAACUAAUAAUAAUAGGAGCAGUCAUAAUGUAUGGAAUAAUAAUGAAAAAGCAAAUAAUCGUUCGAGGGAGAACCUUUUUUUUAAUAACAAUAAGGAUGAAAACCAAAAUAGCAACUCAAUAAAAGGCAAGAAAAAAAUAAAGCAUUUUUUCAAAAAUUUGUUUAAAAAAGAUUAA